GCACGCUUCCCUUCCCACCUUGAGAUAUUUUUAUUUGCGUCUAGAUGCCCGAAUGGCUUUAGGAGUCACUCGGAUGACCGCGGGAUCGUGGGGAGGGUCCAGCUAAUCGGCAAGCAAUUUCUUGACUCCCUAAGUUAUCUAUUACCGGGGCUGAUCUGGGUGUAAAAAUAGCUGCUGAGGCUGUUUGUUUAAUCUGACUGCUACAUGACACCACGCGGGUGUCGCCUGGACUGUUUGCCUCUUCCCCUCCGCAGCACACUGGUCCCCGCCGGGUCUCUGCCGAGAUGGGCUGUAAUAACAUCACAAGUGGGCAAGAAAAGAAAUUUGGAAACACCAGACCCUGAAACCCGGUGAGCUGGCACAUGCAAACGCUGCUGCUGUCACGGAGAAAAAGAGAAUCCGCGCUUUGUGAUCGGAACUGGUCCCUAGGAAACUGCGAUCUGGUGGGAAGUGGGCUGCACCUGGGCUUCCAGCCUCACCGCCCAAAGGCCCCCAGCUGACGGGGACAUGCAGGGUAACAAGAAGGGCACAGACGGCUUCAGCGACUCCUCCAGCAUCGGCAGCGUGCUGGAUGACGCGGACCGGGAGGUGAGCAGCCUCACCGAUCGGGCCUUCCGCAGCCUGUGCAUCUCCGAGGAUGCCUCCUUCCACGACUCCGAUCUGGCCCUGUCCCCAGAUAUCUCCCGCCAGAGGUUUGGGCCGCUCCACCAGGGUACCAUGAACCACACCCACAGGAAGAGCGGCAUCUGGAGCCAGCUUCCAGCGCAGGGCACAGAGCACAAGGGCUGGGCAGCCACCUUCCAUCAGCAGCCCAAGUACGUUCAGGGGGAGGACAAAUACCCCAAAAGCAGCCCCCCACCCGCACCAGCUCAGUGGAGGCUGGAGGUGCCGGUUUCGGGUCUGCGCAGCAGCAACAAGCCUGUUUCCAAGGUAUCAUCCCUGAUCAGGUCUUUCGACAGGACUGAGCGCCAGCGCUGUGACAACAGGCCACCCCCCAGCAAGCCCCCGGCUCUCAAAACCGCCCCCAAAUUCGCCCCUCUUCCUGACAGCAGCGUUAACUUCUGCUUCGACUCUGCCUUCCUGACGGUCAGGAGGGUGCCCGCUGAAGUCUCCAGCACUCACCAAGGAAGCCACCAGCACCCCCAGAGCCACGGAGAGCGAGAGUCCCCCAAGAACCCCGAGAUGAUCCAUCAGGGCGCCAGUGGCUUCCUAUCGAAACCAGACAGCGUGGCCAGCUCGUUGGAGUCCAAGUUCCCCUCUCCACCGCACCAGCCAGCCAAGGGGGAGCCCAGCAGAUGCCAGGAGUGGGCACACAAAGGGACCUUUCUGCACAGUGAGAACAGUGCCUUUGAGUCAUGGGACGCCCACCAACCCAAGCUGCUCGAAAGAAAGACCAGUGCUGACAGCAUCCCUGAAAACAAGGUGUCCAAACAGUAUGAAGAUGUGACGCCUGUAACAGAAGCCCACGCAACGCAUCACAAGGUCUCACCCUGCCCCAUGCGGCCCAGCUGCGCUCAGGAGGAGAAUGUGCCAGCUGCGGGAGUUCUGUCCACCUCUGGGCUCUGGGGGUCCAGGGACCCGGGAACCCAGGGUUUCCACAUGGACGGAAAACCACCCAGUUCACAGCCCGACCCUCAGGGGAAGCCGACCCAGCCUCCGUGGAGAAAGCCAAAGGCCAGCAGGGGUGGGAAGGAGAAUCUGGCAGAAGUCACCGAGGAGCAGAAACAGACUCACAGGAGAAGCUCUGCGCUUUAUGCAAAGCACAAUGCACAGGUGCACCUCGCAGAGAAGGACACCAUGGACCCCGCUGGGGACCGAAACCUGCACUGCACCCCUCCAUUCAAUAUCAGCAAGCUCCUGACCCCCAUCAUCCCCACCAAGCAUGCCCUGGAGUCACAGGACAGCCAGCCCGAGGAACCCAGCCCCUCCCCACCGGUGCAGCUGAACGGGUACCAGGAGCGGGAGCCCGGAGAGUGUCCGCCGAGAGACAGCUACAAAUCCAAAGCGCCCAGCCUGCUGUUCAACCUCAAGGACGUACGGAAGCGUGUCAAGAGCAUCUACAGCCCCUCGCCGCUCUCCAAGGGCUUCGAUGAGAAACUCCGGGGGAAGGCGGACAGCAAACCAGAGCCCAUGAGCAAUGGAGUGGAGCUUUCCAACGGGGUGGAGGAGGAAAGCCCCCCAAGUGAGCUGUCUGCAGAGAGGCCGGCCGAGGGCCCUUGCACCUCACACACUGGCACCCAGGGCCCUGCAGCCCACCCUGGUGAGGCCUCAGCGUACAACCUCGGCCCCCCUUCCAUGGCUGCCACGAUCCCUUUCUGUGUCAACGGGAAGGCUGCAGGCAGGGACAGUGAGGCAAAAGAUGCCGGGGACAGGGACUCAGAACCUGGCUCUUCCAGGUCCACCUGGCAUCCAGACAGCAGGGGACGUGGCCCCAGGAAGCACCUGUCCCUGAAGCUGUGCCCCAGGGAGCCCGAGGUGGAGGUCGGGGAAGCUGCAGAACAAACCAAGCCCCCCCAGCUGGAGAACGGGCUCUUGCGAUCCAUCUCCCAGGAGACAGAAGCCGAGCACGAGACAGGGCUUCAGAAACCACCUCUGGACCAGAAAGUCUCUCCAGGGCCCCUGUCCCCUGAGGAGGAAGAUGUGUUUUACAGCGACAGCCAGUCUGACUUCAUGCCAAGCUUCCGGAGGAAGACUAAGUUCAGCACCAGCUCUUCGGAUCAGUCCUUUGCAUCGUUUGGUGAUGAUCAGCAGAAGAUGUGGUUUUCCGAGAGCCAGCGGGAAGACAGGAAGAAUGAUGUGAGUGCAGGUGACGGUGAGACAGAGAAGGAGGACGUGACAGGGACAGGAGAUGCCAUGAGUAACGGGCACGGGAGUGGAGGAGAGCGCAGCCAGGGUGCAGCUCUGCAGAGUGCGGGAGGACCAUGUGCAGGCAGAUCUGGGAGGGCGUCUGCCGAGGAAGCAAAGCUCAGAGGCUCUCGGAUGGGGGAAAGCAAGGACACGGCCCUUCCACAGGCCAGAGACCCCACGCCCUGUCCGUCUUCAACCGCAAACAGGCACCCGCUGUUUACUAUUAAAGACAACACGCUGAGGGCCACCCCCGUGAUCAAACCUGUCAUCCUACCCCUCCUGAGGACCUUGUCCUCAGACGACUCGCUUGGAAGUGGCCACAGAGAGAGAGAAUCCCCAAAGCAAGGCUGGGGUGAGGCUGCAGGAGGGCGUGGGGCCCUUGAAAGCCAGGAAAUGCCCAGCACCCUGACACCCGCUAACACAGGAGGCUCAAAACACAGGGAUCCCGGGCAGGUGUCCUUGGCAGCUGAAAGGGACGUCUCUUGCCCAGACCCUGAGGGGAGUUUCUCGUCUCCGCCACUGGUGGGAGAGGGUCACAGGAUGAAGCCAUCCCCCGACAGGGCACAGGAAGUCGUGGCUAGUGAUGGGAGGAACAGGCCUGCAGACUGGAGGAAGCCCAGACGCAUCCCCACCAUUGCUCUCCCGGAGGGUGACCUGGAAGAGCAGCCGGCCCAGCAGAUACUGGCCACCUGCUGGGAGGAGCAGACUCUGCAAAAUAUCCAAGGCCACUUUCUAUCUGCACCCAGAGCAGGGCUUCCCGGGAGAAGACUGGUCCUGGGCGAGAUGGCCACGUCCCCCAACUCCAGCUCCCUGGGGGACAGCAGUGCCUGCUCACCUUCUGCCAGCAGCCUUUGGGACAAUGGCUCUCAGGGCCCUGGGGACUUGGGUCUGAUGCAUGAGGAGCCCCCUGGCAGUGCCAGCCCCUGCGCCAGCCUAGGCCCCACCAAGAUGGCACGGCGGGAAGACCUGAUGCAUGGCCUCACGUGGGAGCCAGAAGGCCCAGAUGUGCAGCACCAGCCAGCCACCGAGGACCUCCGGGAGCUGUCCCCAAGAGGCUCCAUGCUAGAGGCGACCCCCGGCCCUGAGAGACCUGAGCCUCCAGCUCAGCUGGAGAGGACAGCCGAGAAGCCCCCCGCCGUGCCCCCCAAAACGGAGAAGGCCCUGCGGCGAGCGAAGAAGCUGGCCAGCAAGCGGAGGAAGAGCAGUCAGGUGCCAGAGAGGCUCGACGAAGCCUGUGAAGGUCGUGGGGGGACAGAAGGUGGGCCCCGGGCCCUUGGGGAGGGACCCCGGCUCCCCACCGUGCGUGCACUGCCCCUUCCUGCACACCGCCACUCGGUGUCCGGCGUGGUGGAACCCAUGGGAAGGCGACCAUGGGGGGGCCAGCCCCUGGCACCACUGCACCCGUACCCUGCCACGCAGAAGGUCCUCCAGGACCCACAGUCUGGGGAGUAUUUCGUCUUUGACCUGCCCCUGCAGGUGAAGAUCAAGACCUUCUACGACCCUGAGACCGGCAAGUAUGUUAAGGUCUCAGUCCCCAUCUCUGAGGGGGGCCCCCUUGAGCCACCUGGCCAGGACGCCCUGGCUAUGCCCUACCUGCUGUACCCAGGCCUGCGGCCUGUGCCCGUCACAGCACUGAGGCCCCUGCGCUGCUCCUCCCAGCUCUCCGCACCCACCUUCCUAGGGCAGGGCCUCCACUCUAGGCCCCACAGCGUCCACGACACAGGGCCCUGGCCCGCCACUGGGCCUCAGGGGGACACCAGCCCACCCAAGGCUGCCCAGCACACACGAGCGCCACUCAGGGGCCCAGAGGAUGAGGAAGCGGAAGCCCCAGGCCUGGCCAUCAUCUCCACCGAUGACCUGGAGGACUUUGCCACUGAAGGCAUUUCCUGAGGGUUACAACAGACUGACCCCCCACCCCCAAAACCAAAGAGCUUACACCCCAUCCCCUCAAACAAGCAGCCUCUGUCUCUCUCAUACAGACGUGCGUACACACACACACACACACACACACACACACACACAUACACACACCAACCAUAUUCAGCCAUCUGAGAUCCCGAAUGUCCGAAGGAAGUGGGGUCUGCCAGCCUGCUCAGAGGAGGGCGCUGUUCACGUGGUCCAUCCCUGCUGCCCCGUCCUGCCCCUGGCCAUCCUGCCCUGCCUGAGCCCUGCCCCAGGGUGAUGUAGCUCAGAGGCUGGGUCUUCAGGGCUACAACCCCACCCUUCCUCAAGGCCAGCUGGCCAAGGAGAGCCUGGAAAUGCUGAGCCCUGUUGUGGGUGGCACAGCCCUCCUGGGGCGGGCCAGCACACAGCAGCGGGCUGCAGGUCACCUCAGCAGUCCUGCAGAAAUGACCAUAAGGAGGAUGAAUUUGGGUGCUGUUUUGUUCCCUGCAGGGAACUUGCCUCCCAGGGAUAUUUUCUGACAAAGAGAAAGCUACCAUCUAAAAACAAAACAAGUUUGCCAACCUGCUUCCCUC